GCUUCCGGGGCAACAGGUCAGUGGCGACGUUGCUUCCGGUUCCAGAUGCUUCUGCUCUCCCGAAUGGUGGGUGAGAGGCGGCGGCCGGGGUCGGGGCAGUGACAGUGACAUGUCACACACUGGCUCAGGCUGCUGUUGUUGCUGUUGUGUGACCGUAACGGCCGUUGAGGAGGGUUCGGAUCAUGUUCGGAUGUUUGGUGGCGGGGAGACUGGUGCAAACAGAUGCACAGCAAGUUGCCGAGGGCAAAUUUGUAUUUAACCUUCCUGAUUAUGAAAAUGUCAAUCAUGUGGUGGUUUUUAUGCUGGGGACAAUGCCAUUCCCUGUUGGAGCAGGAGGAUCUGUAUACUUCUCAUAUCCAGACAAGAAUGGAAUGCCAGUAUGGCAGUUACUAGGAUUUAUAACUAAUGAAAAACCUAGUGCAAUCUUCAAAAUAUCGGGUUUAAAAUCAGAAGACGGUGGCCAAAAUCCUUUUGGAAUGAUGAAUAUUCCGCAAACUCAAUCUAUUGCCCAAAUUGGGAUUUCUGUGGAACCUACAGAGCUGUUGACGCAGCAGACACCAGUUGCUAGUGCGGCUGUAUCAACAGUCGACUCUUUCACACAGUUUACACAGAAGAUGAUAGACAACUUCUACAACUUUUCAACCUCGUUUGCACUGACUCAGCUUCAAAUGACCCCAAAUCCCUCUGAGAUGUAUAUCCCAGCAAGUGUUGUCUUGAAAUGGUAUGAGAAUUUUCAAAGAAGACAAUCCCAGAAUCCAAAUUUUUGGAAAUCAUAAGCAAUUUGCUACUGAUGUGAAUUAUUACAACCAUGAAUGUUCAUUCUGUAUAAACUGACUUUUUUGCAAAAUCUUUUAUACAAGAUGCUUAUUUACAUCCAUUUUUGAAUAUAUGAUUUUCUUCAGUAAUUCAAAUAAUUUGUAUUUUUUCUGGAUUAAGCUACAACAUAUAACUCUUGAGGUACAAUAUGUGAUAACAGAAUCAUUUUAAUCAAGUCUGCAGUGUCAGUUUCAUUUUUAACUUGUGAUCUGGGAGUAAAUCAGAAUUAAGCACCUGG